ACUAGGAGGUGAAGGGAGAGUGUACGGCAAUAUUUAUGUGCUGACGGAAGAAAGAUUAGAAGGAAAGUUUAGUUUCGCAGUUCAAUUUAUUUUACGCAAUAGAUUCUCAUUAUCAGACUAUCCGGAUUAUCGAUCGACUGAUACAUGGCUUUGAUCGCGAAUGAUCGAAACUGCAAACUCGGUGGGUCGGCGGCGACAUGCACUAGGAUUGGUGUCAGGAGAGACUGCAUCCCUAGCAAACCAAGCGGCGGGAUAAAUAUCAAAAUGCAGCCUGCAGAAGCAGAGUUCUCAACGGACGGUUUGCCCAAAGCAUUUCUCCACAGUCUGCGGACUUUGUUUGACAUCUUGGAUGACGGGAAAAGGGGCUUUGUCCACAUCUCGGAGAUUGAAAGUCGCUGGGGCGCAGACACACAGGACUUACCCGGCGGUGUGCUGGAGUGUCUGCGAAGGGUCGCCCCACCGCACGGUUACCUAACUUUCGAGCGCUUUGUUGCCGGGCUGCGACACUCAAUGCUCAACCCACACAACGAUCAUCUGAGGCAGCAACCUACCAUUCAACAACCGCAAGUUCUCACUCAACCCGCCGGAAUGAAGCCCGCUCCGCCACCGUCACACCAGGCGCCCACGCAGAAAAAUCCGGGCGCCGUCCCCGGCAGUUCGCUUGGACACUGGGGCUUGGAGAAUAAAGUGCGCCCGCUGGGUCCCAGCAACGGCACCAAUCUGCACCACAGCCGAAACAUUUCUCACCAGAACCACCCCAGGCAGCACGAGGACUUGACCUGUGGGUAUGCACCAUUUAUCAAACCUGGAGAGUCGCUGCUGUACCCCACCUCAACCCCUGCGGUCCCUGGUUGUCCGGGGCGCUACACUAAUGCGGGAUAUGAGAGGACAGGCCGAAGUUUGGAAAGAAUUCCAAAUGUUGCCGAAAGCAAUUCUUAUCGGACGGAUUCUUCUAGAACUGCGAAACAGCCGAACGCGCACCAGAACCGAGUCAGAUCUAUAGAAUCGCUUGCGCUCGAGUCGCCGCACGUCCAGAAACCAAGUGCAGUGGAGGGUGGGGGGUUGCCACGGUCACAGAGUGAGACCACCACAGGAUUGGCUGGGUCCCGGCGUCACGGGCGGAGCCGCGAUGAGCAGAGACGUCACACCAUCACAAAUGGAGUCGACUACGGAAUGCUGAAACAGAUGAAAGAGCUGGAGCAGGAGAAGGACUCCCUGCUGGCGGGUCUGGACGUCGUGGAGCGGGCCCGGGAGUGGUACCAGAACCAGAUCCAAAAUGUGACCGAGCGACAGAGAGCCAUGGGCCAGAGCAGCCAAUGUCCGGAUUUCUUCACAGAAUCAAGUCAGACUCGUCUGAACGCCAUUCUUCCAAAAUUACAGGAAGUUAACCGCAGCCUUAAUGACCUCAUAUCCUGUUCCGGAAUGCCCUUCACAGCCUCCGGCACACUGGCCUCCGUUCCCCCCAACCCCCAGCCUGCCCCCCCGCCGCCCCCACAAGCAGUUCAGAGACUGAAGGAUCAGAACAGGCUGCUCACACAGGAGGUAACAGAAAAGAGUGAGCGGAUCACCCAGCUGGAGCAGGAGAAGUCUGCUCUGAUCAAACAGCUGUUUGAGGCUCGCGCCCGGAGCACUCACGACACCAGCGCCCUGGACUCCACCUUCAUCUGACCCCGCCCCCAACAACAGCACCACCACCCUGGACUCCGCCUUCAUAUGACCCCGCCCCCAACAACAGCACCACCACCUGGACUCCACCUUCAUCUGACCCACCCCCAACAACAGCACCACCACCUGGACUCUGCCUUCAUAUGACCCCGCCCACAACAAAGCACCACCACCCUGGACUUCGCCUUCAUAUGACCCCGCCCCAACAACAGCACCACCACCCUGGACUCCGCCUUCAUAUGACCCCGCCCCCAACAACAGCACCACCACCCUGGACUCCGCCUUCAUAUGACCCCGCCCCCAACAACAGCACCACCACCCUGGACUCCACCUUCAUGACCCCGCCCCCAACAACAGCACCACCACCCUGGACUCCGCCUUCAUAUGACCCCGCCCCCAACAACAGCACCACCACCCUGGACUCCGCCUUCAUAUGACCCCGCCCCCAACAGCAGCACCCUGUACUCCACCUUUAUCUGACUCUACCCCCAAACAACAGCACCCUGGACUCUACCUUCAUCUGACCCCGCCCCCAACAGCAGAACCCUGUACUCCACCUUUAUCUGACUCUACCCCCAAACAACAGCACCCUGGACUCUACCUUCAUCUGACCCCGCCCCCAACAGCAGCACCCUGUACUCCACCUUUAUCUGACUCUACCCCCAAACAACAGCACCCUGGACUCUACCUUCAUCUGACUCCACCCCCAAAAGCAGUGCCCUGGACUUCACCUUCAUCUAACCCCGCCUAUGCAGUGUGCUGCCAAGGAUUUGACAGGACUCCUCCUAAAAAGGCAACACCUUUACCUUUACCUUCAAAGUGUCAGUGACCACACCCAGUGCCGACAGCCUUGCUGAAAUGAGCUCAUCACGAGACAUUCGCUGCGACUCGGGAGCCAGAGGGAUCACUGCACGGCUCAUUUUCCCAUGGAGAAUUAGGGUUCAGACUUUGCACGUUGCAGUCUUCCUUUAAAGCAGUCGCUUUUCUGACACUUAUUAUUGAACUUGAACCAGUGCCAUGAAUGUGUCAACCUGAUGAAAGAUGCUCUGAUCUACACCACAGUCUGAAUUAGGAUUUUCCCUUUUUUGGAAGGGAAUCAUGUGAUCCUUGCAGGUUUCACACCAUAAUCUGUUCUGAAAACUCCACAUGGAAGUUCAUACAUCUGGAGACCGUCUAAUUUUUUUAAUCAAGCAAAACAUGGUGCAGCCGUCCCUAGUAAGGUCAUGGGGGCCAGCGGUGUUGCACAGCAUGUGUUCUUCUGUGGUGCACGUGGCGCAUGAGCAGAGUACCCAUGGGACUUUGAGCCAGGUUAGAUGUUUUGGUUCUGAAAGGGUUAAAAGCACAAAAAAAACUGUUCUUGGAAAUACUGUGAUUAAUCUAACAGGGAAUGCUGGUCUCUGACCAGGGCAGCUUUCCUUACCCAUCAGGUAGACCAGAACCUGACAAAGGCAGCACAAUUUACUGCUCAGCUAAUCGGAAAGAGGGUACGUCUUCAGAAUACGGUUAGAACAGCUCGGCAGGACAAAAAUAACCAAUACACAAGCACAGCAUUACUGCUUUGAAAAGAUUUCAUUAGGAAAUCCAUUUAUUUUUUUGACUACUAAUAGAUAGUGGCAUAAUAUAUAGUGGGAUAUACAGUGAUAUGUCACUUGUAAGAGAUCAUAUGCUGUUGCUUAUGAAAGCUUUAUGCAGUGCCAAUGCCAUGACUACAAUGCAUCCCUCAGGGCUCUACGCUAACAUUUUUCCCAAGGGGUACAUUUGCUCCUAUGUUGAAAAAUCUACGAGCACACCCCCAAAUUUGUAGAUGUGCGCUAACUGGAAAAAUAAUUUAGGAGCACAUAGAUUUUCAGGAGCAAAUGGGGAGCGCUGUAGAGCUCUGUCCCUUAUGAAGAGGUCAUAUGACAGUUAAUUUAAUGGCAGGUGCAUGGCCAUGUGUUAAUACCCAUCGUUGAGACUUCAUUGGUCUCGGUUCUAAAUGGACCCAGAAGAAAGGAGGGCUAAACCCAUUUCCGGUUGAGAUGCACGUGGCCAUGAAUUUCGGACUCUGAGGUUGCGAAAUUGGCACAACACAUCCAAUAAUGCCAAUUGCUCAAUAGGUAAUGAUAACUUUUUGUUAUGGGGUGGGUGGGUGCAAACCGAGGGGGAAUCUGAUUGGUGUUCUCCUGAGUGGAGGAGGCAGAGCUGGAGAGGGAGGAACUUGCACGUGGAGGAGAUGAGUGUGGUGUUUUGCAGAAUGUGCAGAUUGGAAAAAGAAUGUAGCUGGAUGUGAGAAGCUGAACCCUAGUUGGAUAAGAGGGGGGUAUGUUAUAGGAGUCCCAAUGCCACAGCACUACUUCCCAUUGUGUGUGUGUGUGUGUGUGUUCUUGCACUGUCUCUAACAUAUGACUUCAGUGCAGAUUCAGCACGCAAAGCUAUUAAAUUGCACACCAUGUCUGUUAUGUGGUACGACUGAAAUAUGCACAAAUUCUAUUCAGAUAAAUAAAACUCCGUUAUAAACUUGUUUGUAGGACCAGAGUCCAUAGUUAUUGUACCAUGUUGCCCUGUCAGUUUCUAGGAAUGCAAGAACUUUGACUUCUCCAAGGAGAUGUUAUGACCGGAAAAAUGUUCUGCAUGAGUAAGAAGUUUUUUUGCCUGGAGGGGGGGGUGAAUCAGGUUUGUCUAGAUUAACACGUUUGUAGCGUUACUUUUGGAAAGUCCUCCCAAGGCUGUGAUCCUAGGGCAAGUGCCUGGAGAGACAAGAAGGGCCCUAAUGCUUGUGUUUGGGUUUGAUUUCAUAAGGACAUCAUGCGCAUCACCCAGGCAUGGAAGUUCAUAGGGUAGUACCAUGUGACCAGGGUUGACCACGCCCCUGUCCAGUCCUGAGAAGCUGCUGGGGUUACAGCAGACACAAUCGGUCUUGUCUGCGUCAGUCUUAUUUCAUUGUUUUUCCUCCAGGCUCCUGAAUGUCAUACUGUUCCUCUGACUGAAUGUGUGUGCUUGUAUCAUUUCUUCUAUAUUUUGAACAGAGUUCUCUUCUUUACUCCGACUUAAUAAAACUCCAAUGCAUUGGCCCCUGGGCGCUAUAUAUGCUAUUCAGUGUGUGCGCGCGCGUGCAUAUGAGUGCAUGUGUGUGCGCGCAUUCAUGCAUGCGUGUUUUUAUCAUUUAAUAGAUAGUCCACUCCCUUUACCCUUCACUUCACACAACACCUAAAGUUUUAUGAAUGUGUUUUUAGAGACAGCAUUAUCCAAAUAGAUAUUUUUGCAUGCCUUUUUUUCUGGUUUGUGAUUUAAAGGUCGCUUUGAGUGCAGCUCUUUUUUGUUAAGUGCACUGAAAACAUUGGAAACCUUUACUAAGAGAAAACAUAAAUGCAUAAAUAUAUUAAGUUACUUAGAUUUUAAAAAUCUGUUUUGCAUGGAUUUCAUGGAAUGGAAUUUUGUUUUGAACUGGGGAAAUCUUUUUUUUUUUUUUUCCAGGUGGUUUUUAAAUAUACCUGGCUCUUCUGAAUUGGCCAGAAAACAGAACUACCAGUUACCCCAGAAAAACCUUAUUUCAAAUGUCUGAAGACUAAAAAAACAAACAAACAAAAUGAAAUUAAUGAGAACUUGCUUGUUCUGACUCUUGACACUAGUGAUAAUUGGUUUAACACAGAGGUUAAUAAAGGUAAUUUAGAUGCCACCUGCCUCAGUGGAAAGGUGUGCUUAAAGCUACAGAAGCAGGUGAGAGAGUAAGUACAGCAGGACAGAGAAGGGAGCAGGGAGUUCGAUGCAGUCGUAUGCUCAUUUAUACACUACACCCUCUCAUCUACUUUCCUUGUGUGUAAAAUAUGUCCCACUAUUGCUGUAAAUAAUAAAAUACCAUGUCUAGCUCUGAA